AUCAUCACCACCACCUGAUAUUCACACACACACACACAUAUAUAUAUAUAUAUUUAUAUUUAUAUUCUCUCUCGUCUGACAUAUUUAUAUUCAUCGACUGAUUCAUUCCCCAAGCCGCCCAGUGACCAUCAGCCAUGACCUCUGAUCUCUCCGUCGUCCUUCCCCGCGUCCUUAUCGUCUCUCGGCGUAGUGUUCGCAAGAACAAGUUCGUCGAUUUCGUAGGAGAGUACCAUCUCGAUCUCGUCGUCGGAUAUGGGGCCGUGCCCGUCAUAGUUCCGAGGGUCAGUGGGGUCCACAUGUUGCUGGACAGCUUCGAGCCGAUCCACGGCGUUCUCCUCUGCGAAGGAGAGGACAUCGACCCGUCAUUGUACGAGCCCGACGCAUCUGGACUCUCACUGGAGGAGCUGGAGGAGAUCCGGAAGCUCCAUGCGAGCGACACGGCCAUUGACAAAGAGAAGGACUCGAUCGAGAUGAGACUCGCAAAGCUAUGCCUCGAGAGGAAUAUCCCUUAUCUUGGAAUUUGCCGGGGUUCCCAAGUCUUGAAUGUGGCCUGUGGAGGUACUCUCUACCAAGACAUUGAGAAGGAGCUCACAAAGAAAUGCCCUGAAGAGAAUAGAGUGGCGCACAUCAACUACGAUGACUACGACGGGCACAGACAUUCUGCUAAGGUUGUUGAGAACACGCCUCUGGACCAGUGGUUUAAGGAUUCUCUCGACGAAGAGAAGAUGGAGAUAAUGGUGAACAGCUAUCACCACCAAGGAGUUAAGAGAUUGGCUCAGAGGUUUGUUCCAAUGGCUUUUGCACCUGAUGGGCUGAUCGAAGGGUUCUAUGACCCUGAUGCCUACAACCCUGAAGAGGGCAAGUUCAUCAUGGGCCUCCAGUUUCACCCUGAGAGGAUGAGGAAGUCCGAUUCUGAUGAGUUUGAUUACCCGGGAUGCCCUUCCGCUUAUCAGGAGUUUGUGAAGGCUGUGAGAGCAUAUCAGAAAAAGCUCAACAGCUCAACCUCAGUACCAAGGCCAGUAAAGCUCGACCAAGAGAUGGAGAAGCAGAGGAAGAUUAUAGUUCGUAGCUUCUCGCUUGCUAGAAACCUAUACACCAAAGGGCAGGGUUUGCCCUCUUCUAAGGAAUCUGAGCUUAAAGCGGGUGCAGAAUUCCUUGAGUCGAACACAGCAUUAAGUCUGCAACAAGAGACCAGGCUAAAGCAGAUGGGAGCGACGGUGAGGAAUGGAGGUUCGUAUCUAGAGAGGCUAAAGCUGAACGAGGAGAGGGAGAAGAUUGCUCGGUUAGUGAUAGGAAAGAUGUCGGUGGAGCAAUUAUCUGAUCUCAUGUCCUUUUACAGGAUGAUGGGACAGAUCUGCUCUGAAGUCAUGGAAAGGAAGCUUCAGGACAUUGUUACUGAAGCUGCUUCCUAGCUGCUAGGUUCCUCUUCUUCUUGCUGUAUCUAUCAUCAAUUUGGUGAUAUCUGUUCCUAGUUUCAACUGCGCCGUAGUAGUCUACUGGAGGUUUGAAAUUGUUGUAUUUGUGCUCUUGCUUUUAUUCGAAUGUUCGAGAAGUGUAUUUAUUGCAAGAGCCAUUUAUCCUUCUGUUCCUGCUCCA